AUGGCGGAUGACGCCAAGGGGCCAGAAGGCACGGAGGAAAAUCGCGACAAUGCGCGCGAAACAGAGGAGGUCCGAGCGCUCAAGUCGACGCUGCGUUUCCUCGUGUCGAACAGCGACGCGGGGUCCAUCAUUGGCAAGGGCGGCGUCGUGAUCUCCGAAUUCCAAACCCAAUCCGGCGCGAAAAUAGUGCUGUCGCGCGCGCGAGAAUACUUUCCCAACACCACGGACCGCAUCAUCCUCCUCAGCGGCAGCGUCAGCGCCAUUCUGACCGCUCUCCACCUCAUUCUAUCCAAACUCGCCGAUGAGCCGCGGCGCAACGAGCCGGGCGCGCGGGAGGGCGACGCGGAUCUGCGAAUCGUGGUGCCCAACAGAGUGUGCGGCGCCAUCAUUGGCAAAGGCGGCGCCACCAUCCGGUCGUUCGUGGAGGACUCGCAGGCGACCAUCAAGCUGUCGCCGCAGGACGCGGUGGCGCCGGGGUUCCAGGAGCGCGUGAUCACCAUAGGCGGCACGCUGGAGCAGAAGCUGCGCGCGGUGGCGCUGCUGCUCACCAAGAUGUCUGAAGACCCCACCUACGUGCAGUACGCUGACGUGCCCCUCUCCUACACCGGUGCGCCAGGCAGGGGUGGUUACAACGGCGGCCCAGGCGGUUACGGCGGUGGGGGUUACGGGGGCCAGGGCGCUUAUCCAGGUUACCCCAACCCUGGGGGGUACGGCGCAGCACCGUAUGGCGGGUUGAGGGGGCCGCCCCCGUAUGGCAUGCCGGGGGUGCCGCCCAACCGGGGCAAGGCGGCGCCACCGAUGCUACCGGGGGGGGUGGUACCAACGACCAUCAUAGUGGCGGUGCCGGACGACCACGUGGGUGCCGUGGUGGGCAAGCAAGGUCGCUCCAUCAACGAGAUCCAACAGAACACGGGGGUGCGCAUGGUGAUAUCAGGCAGAGGCGACUUUGUGGAGGGAACCAGAGACAGGAAGGUGACAAUAACGGGGUCAUCGGAGGGGGUGGUGGCGGCGCAGCACAUGAUCGCACAGAAGGUGCAGCAGAGCAUUGCAGCGAGCAGUGGGGACCAUCACGCCGCACACAGUGGGGUGGACGACGGCCCGCCGCCUGGGCUGUAG